CCGACCAAAUCUGUCUGAUUUGUGAUCUGUAAUAAGUACGGUUAUGGAGUUGAUGGCUAAACCAACCUUCUCCAUCGAAUACGGCACCGAUCUACCGGCGACGGAGAAAGCUUCCUCUUCUUCUUCCUCUUUCGAGACAACAAACGAAGAAGGAGUAGAAGAAUCUGGUCUAAGUCGUCCCGGGAGUGGAAUCUGGUCAGGACAAACGGCGGAUUAUUCAUCGGAUAGUUCUUCAAUCGGAACUCCAGGAGAUAGCGAAGAAGACGAAGAAGAAAGUGAUGAAGAAAAAGAAAACCAAAACGAUGACGUUUCUUCUAAGGAGCUAGGGCUUCGUGGGUUAGCUUCAAUGAGCUCUCUUGAAGAUUCUCUUCUCUCAAAGAGAGGGUUAUCGAAUCAUUACAAAGGGAAAUCAAAAUCAUUUGGGAAUUUAGGAGAGAUUGGAAGUGUUAAAGAAGUAGCAAAACAAGAGAAUCCAUUGAAUAAAAGAAGAAGAUUACAGAUCUUAAACGAAGAUGAAGAUGAUGAUGAUGAUGAUGAAGAAGAAGAUCUGAAAUCUGGGUUUGAUGAGAAUAAAUCAUCGAGUGAUGAAGAAGGAGUGAAGAAAGUUGUUGUAAGGAAAGGAUCUUUCAAGAACAGAGCUUACAAGUCUCGGAGUUGUUUUGCACUUUCAGAUCUGAUUGAGGAAGAAGAUGAUGAUGAUGAUGAUGAUCAAUAAUUGCAAUGAAGAUUUUUUUUUUUU